CAACACCCAUGUAUCGUAAGUGGCAGUGCCCAUUUUGCUAAUGUAUCAAUUGGAAUGUGAAGGUUGUGACACUCCAAUGGUCACUCAGUGAGUCAGUAACUGAGUCCAGAAUAGAUCCUGGGUGUCAAAUUCACAGCUAAUAUAAGUGGUAUCUGAAAUCAGUGCAGUUGCAGCCACCUCUGUUAGUGGUAAAUUUAACCUUGGGCUCCUGACUUCCAGCCUUAUGCACUAACACUGAUACUGUCAGCUCAAAUGGGGCAGCCUGGCUUUACUAACUUCAGUAUUUUAAGGUGCUGUGGCCUUUUUGGAGCUUUCUUCAUCAAAUAAUCCAUUUAAGAUGCUUGCCUGGAUGUGUGCGACGUUCUUUGUGCCAUCAUCCUGCCUCGUGGAAGGCUAGCUUAUGACAUCAUAAUUGUUUCAAAGUAGCAUGUGUUAUGGAAACUUUAGAGACUUAAUUGAGCCAUGGAAGGAAGUGAAGAAGCAGGUCACCUCCCUGCAUAUACAAAAUGUCUGCUGUCCUAUUUGAAAGGAAAAUAGCCAAGCAUAUAAGUGGUUAUAUUAAAAUAUUUACCAGUUUGCCUUUUAACUCUUGAUGUGCUGAUGGCAAUGAAGUCAAAAGCUUAUCUUCAUGAUCUUGGAGAUUUGGGGAAUGCUUUAAAUUUCAGGGUACAAAUAUGUAAGACAGUACUCCUCACGUACAUGGUAAGUACUAUUUUCCUAUUGUUUUGUUGGCAUUGUAUUGGGGUUUCAAGAUUUUAUUAUGGAUUGUGUUUUAUAGUUUGGGGUUGGAGAAAUUCAACUGGAAUAACUUCUGUUUCCUUCAGAACUUGUUUUAAAAUCAUUUUUUGGGUUCUCCUUCCUGUUCCCUGAGAGUUUAAAUUAAAAUAUUUUGUAUCAAAGCGGGUUUCCUGUUGUUGGAGUUGAGUGGUUUAAAAUGAGCUGUGAAACGUCUGUUAUAGAAAUAGGAACCCACAUGAUGAACAAGGACUAACCUAUUAAUAAGUUGCAUUUUCUUUAGCAGCGUUUCACUUCAAGUCCUUGUUCUUGGAGGAUUUCACGUAUGUGGGGAAUUAGUUCAUGAAGAUGCUGCUGCUGGAAUUUCAGUAAUACGUAGGAUGAACACUUAUGAAGAAUGACUUGCACUUGUUGGACUACUAACUGCCAGUGGCUUAGAAGUGGCUUAUAAAAUUGACUAUGCAGAGAUGAAGACCUUGGAAAACAGCUUUAUCUGUGGGACAUUAGCUUUUGGUUUCUAUCUGCCUUUGUUGGCAGCUUCCCUUGAGACAGUUACCAUCCCAGAGCAGCUGAAGUCAGCAGUUGCUAAGGUCUUGGUCAGCACCACAUCCUGCAGUGUCACCUGUGGCCUGGGCUUCAAGGUGGAGGAGAUAUGUCAGAUUGAUCCGCAUGGGAAAAGGAGUCAUUGUAACUUCCGCAGGUCAGACUGCCUGACCAACUGGAUCUGUGGGUUACUCCAUUUCACUGUCCCCAUUGGCAAACCAUUUAAGCUCAGCUGCCUGACCUCUGAGAUGAUUGGUGUUGGCAGCCAGGCCUUUAUCUACACCUGGAGGCUUGCCAGAGGCAUAAUCACCACAGAUGAUCUGCUUUUCAAACCUUUCAAGACCCCAAGCUAUGUCAUCAAACUUUCCCCUGCCAAAGAAUCUGAUGCAGGGACUUACAGGUGUGAUGUGCAGCUGAUGAAGACAUUCAAGCUUGUCAAGAGAAUCUACUUUGGGCUUCGAGUGAUCCCUAAUGACUUAGUGGAUCUGAACUUUCAAAAAUCCUUGACUCUGGAACAGAAACUAGCAGCAAAUGAAAAGGAAGGAAACCAACAGAAUGGUACCAGUGUCGUAGUACAAUGGCAUCAGCAGUCUUGGCAAAGAAGGGCCUUGUUGGUGUUCCUGAUAGGAAUUGGAAGUGGGGUAGCAGGAGGUGUGUUGGUGGGCACAGUUCUCUACUUUUUGCUGGAGGCUCGCAGGAAAAAUAGAGCCACAGGGGAGUGAACUGCUUUUUAAUGUGGUCUCUUCCGACAGAGGGAUAAUCCGCUUACUGCAAUACUUAUGCUGUCUUAGUGGCAAUAUUCCAAACUGAUGUAGGUGUGUGAUUCUGAUAAACUGAGAUUUAACUAUUAAAGCAAUAAAAUAA